CUGGUUCUCAUAAUUGGCGGACACUUGAUAUAAAUCUGUGCUUUUCAGGAAUACUGCGCUGUAAUUUAAAUGCUGUCGUAGUUGAUGGAAGGCAUUUCCUUGCAACAGAAACCGGUUAAAGCAACGACUCAUUCAAGAUGAAGACGCACGCUGUGUUGUUUGUAAUUGUUACUCUGUGCUACAUCCAGUGGCGCGUUGAAGGAUGUGAAGACGCGAAGAUGGAUAUGAUUUUCGUGAUCGACUCAUCGGGGAGUGUGGCUGUUUCUGAUUAUGAACUGGGUAAAGAGUUCAUGAAAGACUUGCUGGUUGAGGCUGAUAUCGAUAACGGCAAUGUCAGGGUCGGUGCUGUAGUCUUCAGUGAUGCAGACUAUAUCCAGUUCCACUUGGACAAGCACAAAACCAAAGCUGAACUGUUUCAAGCCAUCUCUGCCAUCCCUUACAUCUCAGGCUGGACCAACACUGCUGAUGGUCUUAGAACAAUGAGGACGACGAUGUUCUCUCUUGAGCACGGAGAUCGUCCCAAUAUCACCAACAUUGCUGUGGUCAUCACAGAUGGUCAGUCUAAUAGAAACAGUGAAAGGACAAUCCCAGAGGCUGAUGCUGCAAAAGCACAGGGUAUCCCCAUAUAUGCGAUUGGAGUUGGGGGCGGGGUCACUGAUGAGUUGGAUAACAUGGCAAGUAAACCACUGGAAGAUUACAGAUUUGGUGUAACAGAUUACAAACAACUAAAAAAUCUCAGACAUAAACUUUUUUCCGUCAUCUGUUCGUCUCUAGCGGCAUUUACAGAUCCGCCAACAACACCCACAACACCUAAACCAGUUGUCAUUAGACGUGUGAACACCAGGUUUGAUCUAGUGUUUGUACUUGAUGCAACUUCCAGUGUGUCCAAAUCUAACUUUGAUCUGAUGAUAAAAUUCAUCAAAGAUUUCAUCUACGAAGACGAUAUUUACAAUGAAAAUGUUAGAAUUGGUGUUGUCACAAGCAGUAACAGUCAUAUCCAAUUCCAUCUUGACAAACACAGUACUAAAGAUGACAUCAUCAAUGACACAGACGCCAUAGCCUAUCCACCAAAUGACAACAGCAACACAGCAGAUGCCAUUAGAACAAUGAGGACAGCCAUGUUCAAUGAAUCAAAUGGGGAUCGUUUAGAUGUUGAUAACAUCGCCAUAGUACUUACAACUGGUGUUUCCAACAGCCAAAACAUUCAGUCAGAAUCUGACGCGGCCAGAACACAGGGCAUUCACAUCUUUGUUGUUGGCAUUGGUCUAAGGGACACCACUCAGUUGGAUGUUAUCGCCAACAAACCAGUUGACCAAAAUAGAUUUACUGUCAAUGAUUUCAUACAACUUGAAGAUCUGAAGGAGAAUGUUUUCCCUGCAGUUUUGACUGCUAUAAGCAAAAAACGAAGCGAAAAAAGUGACUGUCCAACAGAGCCGGCAGCUGUGGAACUGCAAGUAUUCGCCGACCCCAGAUCGGGGGGAUUCUUCGUCUGCUCUUUGUCAGAUUACAUGCCUGAUGGGGUAAACGCUCUGAUCACCUUGCACGUCGAUGGUGAGGAGUUUAACAAGCAGAUCAACUCAUCCACGAAGGAAGGAGAAAUUUAUUUUAGUGACAUAAAUAAACCUUUGUUCAAUGAAAAGGUUUACUGUUCAGUUUUCGUGAAGUAUCUCGUACCCGGAUCUAAGGAAUGUCACGAAGAAAGCAGCAAUGUUAUAACUCCAACAGCCAUCUGUCCUCAUCAAACUACCUUAAGAUUAGUUGAAGGUCAAGGUCCUGUAAAUCUGGUCGUUAAAUUGACUGCUCCACCAGAACUUUACUGUACUGGUAGACCAGGAAGUCCGUGUGAUGUGGAGGUCGUCACAGAGAUUCUUCCAGGCAGUGAUGAACUCAAUUGCUCUAACACUGAAAUCAUACCUCAAGUUGUAUUUGAAACUAAAAGCUGUGGACUGAAAUUUUCUUAUGAUAAUUGGAAGGAUGGAAUCAUCAUUCCAGUGAAGGCAACAAUAGACAGAAUCAUAGAUGGGGACAGAUUUUUAACCAUACAGACCUACUUCACAUUUAAUGGCCAGCAAAGUACCCAAGAGAAGUGCGAUGAUAUACAAGUCACUGUUGUUGAUAAGGACAAAACUACUAUUUGCCACUCAGUCAAUGACCCUCACAUUGCAACAUUUGAUAAAUACUACUAUGACAACCAUAUUUUAGGAGAUUUCAUUCUCUACAAACACAAAACUCUUCCUUAUCAGGUCCAGGUAAAUUACCGCUCAUGUUCAUCAUCACGCAUGACCGCCACGUGCAACUGCAUCACUGCUGUACAGUCAGGAGAUGACGUCGUCGUCUUUAAUUCUUGUGACGCUAGACAAAAUAAGCAACGACCAGAUGCGGCAGCUAUUGAUGUCCAGAUUUUCAUCAACGGCGAGUUGACACCUGGCACUAAGAUAAAACAGCUUGCUGGAGGUCAACAGUAUGAGGUACUUCUACCAACAGGAACAGUUGUUGCUGUGAUGCCCAGCCAGUUUACCUUCAUGAACAUCUUUAUUACAGCAUCACCAUCUGACUUUAAGGAAACAGAAGGACUGUGUGGUAACUUCAACGGUAAGAAAGACGACGAUUUGGACAACAUUGAUGUUGAUAUAUUUAACAGCAAAUGGAGAGCCAACGACACAAUCUAUUGUGGCGUGCCACCACAACCAGCUCGAAAACCAUCAACGUACAGUAGCUGCACACAGGGCUUAAGUCCAGUCUGUAAACCUGGCAUGGAUGUGUCCAGGUGCCCAUCAGAUGCUAAUGACAUAACAGCUGCCCUUGUACUGCAGUCAAAGAAAUCACAAACAUCAUGUAGCACAGAGUCAGUUAGUAGAAAGAAGAGACAGGCCAACUUAUUUGACGUUUUGAAUACAAGAAUAACAAGCUACACGUUAGAUGAAGCUAAAAGAAACUGUUCAGAUUACUUGAAGAAUAGUAGGACAGUCAAAGCCUGCACAAAUCAACUUUCAGAUGACAGAGUUAAGGAGAGUAUCACCAACUGUGCUUAUGAUCUGGUGAGCACAGGACUGUUUGAUUGGGCUGUGUCACAUGUAAGCAACCUGGCAGAGGAGUGUAUCACACGAGCUGAACAAAACCAAAGUUCAUGGACAGGUGAAGGUGACACACCUGGUGAACCUGUACUUCCUCAAGCCAUUGUCACCCAGCUGUGUGUCAGGGACUGUGGGGACAACGGACAAUGUCUCAACUCAUUUUGUAAAUGUAGCAACGGUUACUUUGGUGAAAGUUGCCAGUUUGGACCCAGCACCGUGCCACAUGUAUUUGGAGUGGAUGAAGCUUGUGAUAUCCAGGAAUCUUUCUGUGAAACCGUCAAGAUAGAUGGCGAUUUCUUCACUUCUUCAGAUAAUCUUUCCUGUCAUAUUAACUAUGCAUCAGUUGACACUCGUGCAAGAAAAACAGAGAGCAGUGCUGUAGUGAGAGCAGAGUACAUCAGCAUGUACCAAGUUGGAUGUACACUCCCUACACGACGCAGCGCCUACAUCACCGUCACAAACGAUGGCGUCCAUCAGAGUGAAAAUGUUUACCUUCAUGUUGUCCACAACUCCAGCUGUCAGACGUGUGUCAUCAAUGACAACAAAACUGAUGUUGACUGUCACAUGAUAACAAAUGCCUGCGUGAUAGAAGGCCAGUGCUAUUUAGACUACCAGGAGGACUCUGUGGAUUCUUGCAACAUCUGUCACCUGGACAGUAGCAACACUACAUGGACCAGACGGACUGAUUCUGAGUGCGUUGAUGGUUUGUCUGAAGGGACGAUUAUUGCUAUCAGCUUUGUCUGUGUGCUUUUGAUUGUGGCACUAGUGCUCGUCUUGAUUAUCUACAGAAAAAUGAGAAGAGCUGAGAUUUAUCCAGAAGCCAAGCUUUUAAAUAAUUAACCUGCACAGCAAUAAAUUCAAAAGACUACAGGUGGAACUGAGUGAAUCAAAAGAAGAGAUAACAUUAGUUUAAGUUUAAUAGUAACUUUAAGCCUAACAUAUUUUAUACACUUAUUGUUUUCACUAAAUCAUCCUUAGAGUACGUUUAACUUUCAAUACACUAAUGGCAAAUUAUUUUAAAUUAUUUUAAUACUCUUGCACUUUAAGCUGUUUAGCUUAUAAUAAUUUUAAUUUUUUUUUUACUUUAUAUACCACCUGAGUACAAUUUACUUUUUAUAGAACUUACUUAUCUACUUACAUGUGUACAAUUUAAAUAUUUAUUCAAAAACUCAUUUUCAAACCUGUUUUUCUUUGUUUGCCUGCUAAAUUUGAUUACUUUGAAGAAGAAUAAGUUUAAACAAGUGUACCAAACUCAAUUACGAGAACAUUAAUUGUAAAAUAGCUCUUCAUCAAGCCCUUAAAACCACUUUAAAUACAAUUAUUGUAUUCCACUUGAAAGAAUUUUUAAUCAGGUUUUUUUUUUAUGGAGUAUCAUAUUUUGGAACUCACGUCUAAACAAAAUACAGUGUAUUUAGUUUAAACAGAGGGCUAUUUUGUUUUGCUUUUACACAAUUUUUUCCCCACUUUUUGUACGGUGUUUGGGUCUAAUUCUUCUAUAAAUAUAAAAAUAUAAAUUAAGAAAUAUAUAUAUAUAUAUAUAUAUAUAUAUAUAUAUAUAUAUAUAUAUAUAUAUAUUUCAAUAUGGGUACAUUUUUAAUCUUAGUGUGUUCUGUAGUUUACACUUUUAUCAAGUUUUUUUUAAUCAUGUUCGAUAUGCAAAUGUAAUGUAAUCACAUGUAAAAUAAAUCGAAUGUUUUUGUUUACAUUAA